AUGUUACUUGUUGAAGUAACAAAAAUAAGGUUGCAAGCAUAUAGGGAUGAAGAAUGGGAUUCUCUUAUUGCUAGGGUGUCUUUGUUUUGUAUCAAGCAUGACAUUUUGGUACCUAACUUUGAGGAGCCAUAUGUUAGCUCUUUAAGAUCACGAAGGAGACUUGGUGACAAUAAAGUCUCUCAUCAUUAUCGUGUUGAGGUAUUUUGCAAUAUUAUUGAUUGGCAACUUCAAGAACUUAAAGAUCGUUUUGGCGAAGCGACGACUGAUUUGCUUCAUGGAAUUUCUUAUUUGAAUCCAAUUGACUUGUUUUCAAGUUUUGAUAUCAGGAAAAUAUUGAAAAUGGCUAAAUUAUAUCCUGAUGACUUUAAUGAAUUCAAUAUGGGUUCUCUUGAGAAUCAACUUGCAAGUUACAUUAUUGAUGUUCGUGAUGUUGAUGAAAGGUUCUACAAUCUAAAAGGGCUUUGUGAUCUUUCAAAAAAAUUAGUUCAGACAAAGAAGCAUUCAAAUUAUCCUCUUGUAUUCCGCUUAGUGAAACUUGUUUUGCUUCUGCCGGUUGCCACUGCAUCCGUUGAAAGAGCUUUUUUAGCAAUGAAGUUUAUCAAGAAUGACUUGCGGAGUCAAAUGAGUGAUGAUUUUUUUAGCGGUUGUUUGGUGCCUUAUCUAGAAAAAGAUGUAUUUGAUAAUGUUUCUAAUGAUGCUAUUAUUAAGACAUUUCAAGAUAUGAAACCUCGUAGAGUACAAUUGUAG